AUGAGAAGUGACAACCAGAGUGCCUUGGGGGACCCCCCUGAGGACUUCAUCCUUCUGGGUGUUUCUGAUAGGCCAUGGCUGGAGCUGCCCCUCUUUGUGGUCCUCCUGGUGUCCUACAUGCUGGCCAUGCUGGGAAACAUUGCCAUCAUCCUGGUAUCCCGGCUGGAUCCCCAGCUGCACAGCCCCAUGUACAUCUUCCUCAGCCACCUGUCCUUCUUGGACCUGUGCUACACCACCACCACGGUCCCACAGAUGCUGGUCAACAUAGGCAGCUCCAGGAAGACCAUCAGCUACGGGGGCUGCACUGUGCAGUACGCCAUCUUCCACUGGCUGGGGUGCACUGAGUGUGUUGUCUUGGCCGCCAUGGCCCUGGACCGCUACGUGGCCAUCUGUGAGCCCCUUCGUUAUGCCAUCAUCAUGCGCCGUCCUCUCUGCCUGCUGCUGGUGGCCAUGGCCUGGCUCAGUGGCUUUGGCAACUCCCUGGUUCAGGUGGUGCUGACGGUACAGCUGCCAUUCUGUGGGCGGCAGGUGCUAGACAACUUCUUCUGCGAGGUGCCGGCCAUGAUCAAGCUGUCAUGCGCCGACACGGCAGUGAACGACGCCACGCUGGCCGUGCUGGUGGCAUUCUUUGUGCUGGUGCCCCUGGCCCUCAUCCUGCUGUCCUAUGGCUUCAUCACCCGUGCCGUGCUCAGGAUCCGUUCUGCCAAGGGACGGCACAAAGCCUUUGGGACCUGCUCCUCCCACCUGCUGGUAGUCUCCCUCUUCUACCUGCCGGCCAUCUACAUGUACCUGCAGCCCCCUUCCCGCUACUCCCAAGAGCAGGGCAAGUUUAUCUCACUCUUCUAUUCCAUAAUCACCCCCACCCUCAACCCCUUCAUCUAUACCCUGAGGAAUAAGGACGUGAAGGGGGCCCUGAGGAGACUCCUAGCCAGGGCCUGGAGGCCCUGCAGGAGAUGA